UUAAAAAUAAAUGGAAUUUAAAAAACAUCUUGGAAGAGUAAUUCCCAGAUCAUAUAUGGCAGCGCUCGGGGGAGAUCAGCUGGGAAGCUGAGGUCAGUACAGUUCAUUGAUUGCUGUACAGCUAUUUGGAAGAAAAUCAGAAGUGAAGUUUUCUCUAUGCUUGUGAGGAUGUUUGAGAUUUAAAAUUUGUGUUUUACCCAAAUAUAAGCAUGAGUAGUGUUGAAAUGUUUAUACCAACUUGUGUUAAGUUGAAGUUUGUUGUGGAGAGUGUAGCUCUAAUAAGUGAAAGAGUAAAAGUGAGAAGGAGAGGGUUUGAAAGCACGAAUAGCCGUUUUCCGAGUUUAGGGUUUAUUCUCAGUAAGUCAGCUGACAAGUCCUAUAGAGUACGGUAUUGAAUUACUGGUGUAUAGAAUGCUCACCACCAUGAAGAACACUACAGAGAAAUGUGACGCAUUCUUAAGGAUUAUGAGAUUUUAACGUAGGAGGACUGACUUGGAUAAACCCUCUUUUGCACCCCUUAGAAAAGCCCUGGGUCAGAGCUGGGAUAGAGAGUGCCUUCCAGAAGUAGAAGAAACAAUCCAGUUGACUUCUAGAUGGAUUCCUCAAAUGUUCUGUUUGUCUGUCAUUUGUAUAACAGGGUCAGGAGUUAGAACUCAUUCCUCAGACUAGGCUACUCCUAGUUUGUUUAUUCUUCAGAUAGCAUUGAUGACUGAUACUGAAUUAGAAUGAAAACAUCCAGUGAGUGAGGAGGCAUGGUGGUGUACUCCCAGAACCCCUCACUGGGCUAGCAGAGGCAGGAAGGGUGCGAGUGUUAAGUUCUCCAUGAGCUACAUAGUGAGAGCCUAUCUCAAACACCAAAAAAGCUAGUGGACAGCUUCCUUCUGCUUUGAAGCUCGGUCUUAGAAGUGUAAGGGACAUGACUAGGGAUUGAACGUAGGAACGGGGAGAGCACUCCUUCCUAUCCUACUAACUGCUAGCCUGACUUGUUGAUUUUAUUUCCCUUCCUCUGCCUCUCGCUUGGCUUGUUUUUAGGUGUAGUAUUUCGUCCCAUUUGAGCUGUCAUUCUCCUUCCACCCAAGAUGGCGCUGUCUAAGCGGGAGCUGGAUGAGCUGAAGCCAUGGGUGGAGAAGACAGUGAAGAGAGUGCUGGGUUUCUCGGAGCCCACGGUGGUCACAGCGGCGUUGAACUGUGUGGGCAAGGGCAUGGAUAAGAAGAAGGCAGCCGAUCACCUGAAACCUUUUCUUGAUGAUUCUACUCUCCGAUUUGUGGAUAAGCUGUUUGAGGCUGUGGAGGAAGGCCGGAGCUCUAGACAUUCCAAGUCCAGCAGUGACAGGAGCAGAAAACGAGAAUUAAAGGAGGUGUUCGGUGAUGACUCUGAGAUCUCAAAGGAAUCAUCAGGGGUAAAGAAGCGGCGAAUACCCCGUUUUGAGGAAGUAGAAGAGGAGCCAGAGGUGAUCCCUGGGCCUCCAUCAGAAAGCCCUGGCAUGCUAACAAAGCUCCAGAUCAAACAGAUGAUGGAGGCAGCCACCCGACAGAUUGAGGAGAGGAAAAAACAGCUGAGCUUCAUCAGCCCCCCUACACCCCAGCCAAAGACACCUUCUUCUUCCCAACCAGAGCGACUUCCCAUUGGCAACACUAUCCAGCCCUCCCAGGCCGCUACUUUUAUGAAUGACGCCAUUGAGAAGGCAAGGAAAGCAGCUGAGCUACAAGCCCGGAUCCAAGCCCAACUGGCUUUGAAGCCAGGGCUUAUUGGUAAUGCCAACAUGGUGGGCCUGGCUAAUCUCCAUGCCAUGGGCAUAGCUCCACCGAAAGUAGAGUUAAAGGAUCAGACCAAACCUACACCCCUGAUCCUGGAUGAGCAAGGUCGGACUGUAGAUGCAACAGGCAAGGAGAUCGAGCUGACGCAUCGGAUGCCCACCCUCAAGGCAAAUAUUCGAGCUGUCAAGAGGGAACAGUUCAAGCAGCAGCUCAAAGAGAAGCCAUCAGAAGACAUGGAAUCUAAUACCUUUUUUGACCCCCGAGUUUCAAUUGCCCCUUCCCAGCGCCAAAGACGCACUUUUAAAUUCCACGACAAGGGCAAAUUUGAAAAGAUUGCACAACGAUUACGGACAAAGGCUCAGUUGGAGAAGCUGCAAGCAGAGAUUUCACAGGCUGCUAGAAAAACAGGCAUCCAUACUUCAACUAGGCUUGCCCUCAUUGCUCCUAAAAAGGAGCUAAAGGAAGGCGAUAUCCCUGAAAUCGAGUGGUGGGACUCUUACAUCAUACCCAAUGGCUUUGACCUUACAGAGGAAAAUCCCAAGAGAGAAGAUUAUUUUGGAAUCACAAAUCUUGUUGAACAUCCAGCCCAGCUUAACCCUCCAGUCGACAAUGAUACACCAGUUACCCUUGGGGUCUAUCUUACAAAAAAGGAGCAGAAGAAACUUCGGAGGCAAACGAGGAGGGAAGCACAAAAGGAGCUUCAGGAGAAAGUCAGGCUCGGUCUGAUGCCUCCUCCCGAACCCAAAGUGAGAAUCUCGAAUUUAAUGAGAGUAUUAGGAACGGAAGCAGUUCAAGACCCUACGAAGGUAGAAGCCCACGUCAGAGCUCAGAUGGCAAAGAGACAGAAAGCGCAUGAAGAGGCCAACGCUGCCCGGAAACUCACAGCAGAGCAGAGAAAGGUCAAGAAAAUUAAAAAGCUUAAAGAAGACAUUUCACAGGGGGUGCACAUAUCUGUGUAUAGAGUUCGAAAUUUGAGCAACCCAGCCAAGAAGUUCAAGAUUGAGGCCAACGCUGGGCAGCUGUACCUGACAGGGGUGGUGGUGCUGCACAAGGAUGUCAACGUGGUGGUAGUAGAAGGGGGCCCCAAGGCCCAGAAGAAAUUUAAGCGUCUCAUGCUACAUCGGAUAAAGUGGGAUGAGCAGACAUCUAACACAAAGGGAGAUGAUGAUGAAGAAUCCGAUGAAGAAGCUGUGAAGAAAACCAACAAAUGUGUGCUAGUGUGGGAGGGUACAGCCAAAGACCGGAGCUUUGGAGAGAUGAAGUUUAAACAGUGCCCUACAGAGAACAUGGCUCGUGAGCAUUUCAAAAAGCAUGGGGCUGAACACUACUGGGACCUGGCACUGAGUGAAUCCGUGUUGGAGUCCACUGACUGAGACUACUGCUAGCCCUGGAGCUCCUUCGCCUUUGUCUCUUCCGUCUUCCCACUUCCCAACCUCCCCUCACCUUGUGUGAUCUCAGAACUGUGCCAGGCAGUCGCUGGGGCAAAGAGACUACCUUGUUUACCCAGUCAGCCUGGUGCUACCCCUCAUCCUUAUGUGCAUAUGAUUAAAGAGUUAUUUUUAAACUU